UGACGUGUCCGACAAAAUGGUGCAAUAUUAUUUCCUGACGAAAGAAAAUAUCAGUUAUAUAUUGUCUGAAAAAGGAUAAGUUUUUUUUAUUUUAAAAACCGAAAAGGAAGAACUUUUAAUUACACCAAGAUGUUUUCGUGGUCGUGCUACUUUGUUUGUGUAUUUUCGCUUAUUGGACAACAUGUUUGCGCCAAAAAGGUGUGCGACGUACGUGUAUGGUAUUUGAACAUCGUCACAGACGGUGUGUUCAAUAGAGAGCUUAACCGCGACCAACAGCGGAUGAGAAACAGCAUUGACAACUUGGUGCUUAAUUCUGCAAACGGUAUAGAACAAAGGAUGAUCGACUGUACAGUUAUACAAAUGUAUAACGACAUGCUUAAAGAGAAGUUUGAUUACACACCAUCCACAUCAGGAAUGGUUAUGGAAGAAAGUGAAUCGGAUGAAAAUCCAACAGAAGGGAAUGAGCAAACCACCAACGCAGACGGCGGUGUUUUAAAUGACGACAAAUUGGUCGAUAGUUCUGAGAGUGUCGUGGACAUGGUAGACAAUAAAAACCAAGAAGUGGUUGUACAAGUAAAGAUGAAUCAUAAAUCCGAUAUAAAUGAAGAAAUUGAGAAGGGUUUAGAUAUAAACAAUCAGGAAAAUACACAAUACAAUAAUGAAAGUGAUGAAGCCAUCGGUAAAGAAUAUGAAGAAAAUACUUUAGUUGAGGAUAUCGAUGAGAUUAAUAAUGACUUGCCAGCGGCUGGUGAUUUUGAUGAUUUGGGAGAAUAUGAUUACGCUGAUAUAGGCAGUGAUUUAGACGAUACAGAAUUCAUAGACGACGACAGUGAUAUUAAACAAACACGAGAUGAAAGGCAAAGACAUGCCGAAAAAGACGGCAAGAGGCUUUUGCCUGUGGGUGUUUGUUACGCGUUCGGUUGCGCACUAACUGAUGUUUUUAGCAAUUAUCACGAUGCUGACAAUGACAUGGAAAGAGAAAAUAUCCCUAAAACCGACACUGGUGUAUUGGUACAAGGAACUGAAAAUCAGGAUAACACUAAUUUAAAAAUGGAAACACGCCGAUAUUCGGUUUCAUCAGAUACACACAAGGUCUUGGAUAAUGAACUUGCACACAAUGAAAAUGAUGUUGACCCAUCAGACGAGAAUGACAAAGGUAAUGAUUUACAUGACGUCGAUAUUGAAGGUGACCGUACUUUCUUGAAUGACAACAAAGAAGAAACAUCUAACAAAGAAAAUGAUAUUUUAAACGAAGAGGAAAUAAAGCCAAGUUUUUCUCCGACAAGUGAUUCAAAUUUAAAUUAUGACCAGCCAUUUGAUUCAACUCUUCUACCAAACCCUGAUGAACAAAAUGGAAUCGAUGUUAACAAAGAAAUGCUACAAGAGGAUGGCCAUCUGGACAGCAAAAUAAACAAUGAGAAGAACUCUGUUCAACUUGAACAGAUAAAAGAAAAGAUUUUAAACAUUGAAGGUUAUGAUGUAAAACAUUCAACGCAAAGGGAUGAAUCAAAAUCUGCAUUCGAUAGUGUUAAUGUUGAGAAAAUGAUCGAAGAAAAAACUAACAACUAUUUUAAGAAAUUACAAUCAAUAGAGAUUUUGAUUAUGAAGCUUGAAAACCAAUUGUUGUUAGAAAGUUUGAAUAAGCAAAAUCAUUCGUCAACGAUAACUCGAUUAGAAAAUCAUAUCCUUAGACUAGAAAAUGAACUUCUUAAAAUGAGUAAAACGUAUCACGAUUUAAAAGAAGAGGCAGAGCAUUUAUCUCAAAGACAAAACAAGUACUUGGAACUGGCUUAUAAAGAACAGGCAAAGAAAAGUGCUUCAGAAAUAGCUGACAAAAGUGACAAAAGUUUAGAAUUGAUAUCUCACCAUCAAUCAAGAAUAAAAGAACUGGCGGAAGUCCUAGGUAAUCAGUCAAGACUAAUCAUUCAAAUGAAAAACAGUUAUGAUUAUCUAGAGCAGCAAAAUAAAAUGCUCAAUCAAUUGGUGAUAAACCAGACAGUUUUCAUGACAUCAGUAGUUCAAACGAUUAAGGAUCUAACAGAUCAAAAUGUCAAAAGUAGACAAGAAAUAAAUGAAUUAAAAGAGCUUGUUAAAGCGAACGUUAACAUCAAUACAGAUGAAAUUAUCAGUGACAACAUUGAUACUAAACACGACGAUCAAGGAAUAAUUAAUCGUUUAAACUCUUACAUGUUUGAUAAUAAAUUCAGCAACGCACCAAAUAACCAAGAUAUAUCUGAACGGCAAAAUAAAGCCAUUGGAUUUGCUGAUUCCAAAUUGCACCUCAUUAAGGUAUUACCCCCAAAGAUUAAGGACUGGUGUUCAUAUAUGCAGAUAGAUGCUUGUCCAAUCUGUUUAUACAAUUCUAUUAUGUUGUCAAGUUGUUUACCCUUUUCAAUUAUAUCUUGGGGCACAUGUGAAUGGCCACUGUACAACGAAGAAAACGAGAACACUUUUACAGAAAACCCAGCUGUUCCUGGUGUGCAUGACAGCAAGAAUGACAAUAACUCCGAAAUGUCCGAUACAAGUAAUGAAAUUAACGAUCAAGUUGAAAAUCAACGUUAUGGUUCUGAAUUUUCAGACAAGUCAUAUGCAAAGACCGGAAAUGGUAUUGAGGAUGGUGAAAACGAUAUAACGAAUAGUGUGGACAAUGCAAUGGCCCUAGAUAAAAGUAACGAUCGAGAUCAAAUUCAACCUAACGAUUCUAAAUUUCCAGACAAGCCAGAUGUAAAGACUGAAACAGAUAUUAAGGAUGACGAAAAUGAUAUAAUUGAUGUUGUAAGCAAUACCAUUGCACCAGAUAAGGGUAACUAUCAAGAUCAAGAUCAACCUAAUGAUUCUGAUUUUCCAGACAAGUCAGAUUUUAUAACCAAAUACGGGAUUAAGGGUGACGAAAAUGAUAAAAACGAUAUUGUAGGCAAUACCAUUACACCAGUUAAAACUGACGACCGAGAUCAAAUUCAGUCUGAUUCUGAAUUUCAAGACAAGUCAGAUGUAAAGAUCAAAACUGAGAAUAAAGGUGACGAAAAGGCUAAAAACGAUAUUGUAGGCAAUACCAUUACACCAGUUAAAACUGACGACCGAGAUCAAAUUCAGUCUGAUUCUGAGUUUCAAGACAAGCCAGAUAUAAAAACCAAAAAUCACGAAAAUGAUAAAAUCGAUGUUUUAGGCAAUAACAUUGCAUCUCCAUCUGAGCCUAGUCACAGAAAUAAAGAAGCUCAAUCCAUUGACACCCCAGAAGGAACAAAUGAUGUUUCUGGUCUUCGUUACGGUAAAAACAAGCCAGAAAACGAACAUACAAGCAGCAGCAGCAGUAGAGAAAAAAAUGCUGAUACAGAUAGUAUAACCGGUGGUGCUAAAAUAGACAUCGCUUCUAUUGAUAACGCGGAUCUUUUAAAUGAACUGCAAAAAUAUAAAUUUGUUGGAUAUGACAAGGAAGGUAAGCCUGUAUUUAGGCUUAAGGAAGAGGCUAAACAGCUAAAGGAUACCAUAAUACAUGCUGCGGAAGGCAAGCUUUUAAAUGGAAAAGAAAAUGACAAAGCCAAAUUUGAAAGCAUAAAUGAAAAUAGUGUUGUUCAACAAGCUGAAACGAACAGAGUAAAUGACGAAAACUCAAAUGGCUCGCGAGAAGCUGAAACUAAUCUGACCAAGAACACAAAAACUGACGCGGGUCAAGAUGAAUCUAAGCAGGGAUCAUCACAGGACAAAAUAGAUAUGACAAUGAACCAAAUUGACACUAGUGCUCAAGAUAAUGUCCGUAUUGUUAAGAAUCGGGCAAACACAAACGAAAUAGCAGAAGAAACAGACAAACAAGUUACUAAUGAAAACGAAAAAGUAAGUCGAGAUGAAAGCACACAGGGACAAAAUGAAGAAAAAUUACCAAAGAAAAUAGACACACCCGGCACAAAUGAUGAAAGUCAAGACGACUCUAAACAAGGGUCUUUGGAAAAAGAAUUAACACAAGAAACACAUAAACAGGAGGCUUUUUCACAGCCAGAGAAAUUAGGAGAACAAGUUUAUGAACAGAAGAAAACAUUAGACAAAACUGUAGAAGAAAAACCCUUGAAACAUGAAGAGGAUAAAGAAAAUGUAUUAACUGACCAAAAAAACGAAACAAUAGAUGCUAAGACUGUUGCAGAAGAUGAACAGAAAGCAGAUGUGAAAUCCGAAAUGAAAUCUACCGUAUCAGAGGAAAAGGACAAAGCUAUCAAACGAGAAGAGGAAAAACAGCAAGGAAAGCAAUCUGACAAAACAGAGAAAAUGCAACAAUCCGAAAAACAAGAGAAAACCAAAGAUAAAGAAGAUGAUUCAACACUUAACAAAGAUAAAUCCAAGGGACAAACGGGUACCAACGAUACUAAAGAUGGGAGAACAGAAAGGAAGAAGCCGAUACAUAUUGACUUAGAAAAGUCUGGCGAUUCAAAAGAUUGUUAUGACUUCUACGUGCGAGGCAAUAGGCGUGAUGGCUUAUACAAAGUGCGACCGACGGGGAUUGAGAAGCAGGUCGAGGUGUUCUGUGACAUGAGGAGGGGCGGAUGGACAGUAAUACAGCGCAGACAGGAUGGAACCACCAACUUUUUCCAGACGUGGGAGGAGUAUAAGAACGGAUUUGGGGGUCUAUACGGGGAGCACUGGCUGGGCAAUGACAAUAUUCAUUAUUUGACCAAUCAGGACUACUAUCAACUGAGAGUUGACCUUAUGGAUUGGGACAAAAAUAAGAAGUACGCUGAAUUCGACUUCUUCCUUGUCGACAAUGAGGACUAUGGCUAUACAGUUCACGUAGAGGGCUACACUGGAGACGCAGGGGAUGGUUUGACCAAACAUGAUGGGAGCAAGUUUUCAACGAAAGAUGUUGACAAUGACAAAGUUGUGAAAGAAUUUGGUGGGAGUUGUGCAAAACGAUUUCAUGGUGCUGGGUGGUAUUAUAAGUGUUAUGCAUCAAACUUGAACGGGAAGUUUUAUAAGGGAGGGAAAAUUCCAGAAAAACGGUUUGAUGGAGUAACUUGGAAACCAUGGACUGGGCCAAAUUACUCGUUAAAAAAGGUUGAAAUGAAAAUUAGGCCACUGUCAGCUAAAGACUGAAUAAAGUUCUUGGUGUUGUGUUCGUUUAUCAGUGCAAUACUAGUUAUGUUUUUACUGUUAUCGCCCUAUAACGUUAUACAUGUUAUCCUAAUAGGUGCAUGCAAGUUAAAUACGCCAUACAAAUAUACCACAACGUCUUCCAAAUUUGUUUGCGUUUUCUGUGUAACUAUUUAAGGUUGUGUAAUGUAAUGUGCAAGUAACUCAAUCAAUAGAACGUUUCGCUUGCUUUCUAAAUUAUUUUCGUGUUUUAAAUACCAAGAUUAUGUGUAGUGAUUUAUAAUCAAUUAAUCAUACAUACAGUUGUGUGCUCAUGUGUGAAAGAGUAUCUUCAAAGUAUACCUGAUAAAGAUUAUGUGUGUUGAAUUCAAUAUAUAGCUGUGUUUGUUGUAUAUACAUUUUAUCCUCAUAUUCUCUUAUACAAAUAAAUGCAUGAUUUUUCCAUGUAUGAUGUAAUAAAAAUAUGUAUAUGUCAUUUUUUAUUUACAAACAAUUAACGUGCGUACAAGUUAACGUCGGUAAUGCAAAAUCUAAUAUCAAAGAUGCAAUAAAGUAAUCAGACAAAUAACAACAGAAUUUUCAAUAAUUUGUAUUGAAAGACAUAAUGACCUUGACAGAAAUAGAGAACAUGUUGUUUAACAAAAUUAACAACAUGAACAUGCUGAAAUCAAAUUACAAUAUAACAUCUGAAUGUACGACUUGAUUUUAAACCACGCAUUGCACAUUUGAACGGGGUAUUUCCUGGAAACCUAA